UGCGUGUUUUGCAUAGAGCUUGUUGUGGCUUGUUUUCUAUCAGCGGUGCGUGGUGAACAGCAGGCGUCAGAUAACAUACUGACGUGAGGUCGACAAACUUUUGCGAUUCGCAUUUGCACGUGCGAUUGUUCUUCAUUUCCUACGUAAAAAAAAAAAACUACAGUAGACUUUUGUCGCAGCGAAGGCGCGAUGAUGAUUCAACGGUUGCUCGAAACCGAGCGCAAGCUUGUUACUUUCGGAUCGCGUAGACUCAAUCACACAUUGCCUCCGAAGAUGAAAGCAUGGCAAGCCCGUAGCUUUAACGGCAUCGAUAGCGUCCAGAUGGAAGAAACGCGAGUUCCACAACUUACAUCAUCGAACGAAGUCCUCGUUAAAGUCCACGCAGCGAGCGUCAACCCGCUUGAUGUGGCGAUGUUGGAUGGAUACGGAAGAAAUGUUAUAGAUGUGCUCAGGAGGCUUCAAUACUUUCCUUACAACAAAGAAAGAUUCCCUAUGAUCCUCGGCCGAGACUUUUCAGGUGAAGUUGUCGGUGUUGGACACGGCGUGAAAGAGUUUCGAUUCGGAGAUGAGGUCUGGGGUGCUACCCUGGCUGGUCGGCAAGGAUCUCACGCAGAGUACAUCACAGUUCCUGCAUGCAUUAUAGCCAAAAAGCCAAAAACAAAGUCCCAUUUGGAAUCUGCAGCAUUGCCUUACGCUGCGUUAACAGCAUGGGCUGGAAUCCGCUCCGUAGGAAACCUCAGCAGGUAUACAACACAAAACAAAAGAUGCUUAGUUUUGGGGGCCUCUGGUGGUGUUGGGAGUUUAGCUGUACAGUUACUAAGAGCAUGGAAUGGAUCGGUCACAGCAACAUGCAGUGCUGGAGCAGUAGAGAUGGUUUCGAAACUCGGGGCAGACACUGUUGUUGACUACACUGCACCAGAUUUUGAGGCGCAGCUGCUCCAUGGCCCAAGGUUUGACUUUAUCCUGGAUUGCGUUGGUACCCAUCAGGGCCUGUCUCCAACAAAGCUUCUUCACAAAGGGCGCCUUUCUACCUAUGUUACCGUGGUGUCGCCUGUAUUGAAAAACACAGAUAACAUGGGAAUUUUUUCUGGGAUGGCGCUGUCUGCGUACCAAGCACUGCAGGUUACUGUUCAGGAGCUCGCCGAUGGCCGCAGUGCCCGCUGGGCUUUCUUCUGCCCCAACGGCUGUGCAUUGAAGGAAAUUACAGAGCUUGUCGACCUUGGCAAGGUGACGCCUUAUGUGAGCAGCACCUUUCCUUUCCUCGAAGUUCCAGCAGCCUACCACAAGAUGAAGGAAGGCCAUGCCAGAGGAAAGAUAGUGAUCUCUGUUAUUGAACAAGAGCCUCCAGUCCAGAAGCAUUAGAAAGCGUAUUUCAAGAUAGCGCAAUUCUUAGAACGAAAAUACUUACCAAAAUACGGGUAAGAAGCAUAUCUGAGUUUCUUGUAAAAAAAGCAGUUGCACGUUUCUGUUCGUCAUGGAAUGUUUUUAUUACCCUACUGGCACUUUAGAAUGUAUUAUAGUACGCAAAAAAAUAAAUUUCAAAUGUCUUUGCA